UGGGGUGUCUAUUUAUUGGAGCAUUUUCGAGUUAAAUUAUCUGUUUCUUUGAACACGAAACCCUUGGUGAUCAACACACACAAAAAGGGAAACCAUCCAGUCACUGACAAUUUUGAUUUACAUCCAGCCUUACAGCUAAUCGUCGACUUUCAGGGUGUCGGUGAUGGAGAACGGUUGCCGUGAUCCACCCUGGACUUGUGACGAUGUGGAGUUGCUGUGGGAGAGGGUGGAUAGUAAACGCUAUGAGCUGAGUUCCUCUAUCUCACCGGCCAAGAUCACCCCGUAUCUCCGACAAUGUAAAGUUCUGGAUGAACAGGACGAGGAUGAGAUCCUCAACUCCAUGCUGCUGGUCUCCAAAGUCAACCGCACAAGCCGUCUACUGGAUAUCCUCCACACCAAAGGAGAGCGGGGGCUGGUGGUGUUUCUGGAGAGCCUUGAGUUCUACUACCCCGAACUUUAUAAGUCAGUCACCGGAAGGGAGCCCAGUCGAUGCUUCUCCACGAUUGUAGUGGAGGAGGGUCACGAGGGGCUGACCCAGUUCCUCAUGAACGAGGUGGUGAAGCUGCAGCAGCAGGCCAAAGCCAAAACCCUCCAGCAGGCAGAGCUCAACAGGAAAAACUGGACCCUGGAGGACGAGCACAAAAAGCUUCGACUGGCCAACCAGGAGCUGCAGGCCUUCCAACAGAGGUACAACAAGAUGAGAGAGGAGAGGAACAGCUUCAACGACGAGCUGCUGAGGGUGAAGGAUGAGAAUUACAAACUGGCGAUGAGGUACGCCACGCUCAGCGAGGAGAAGAACAUGGCGGUGAUGAGGAGCAGAGACCUGCAGCUCGAGCUCCUGAGGAGGAGACCAAUGCAGACAAAGCUAAAUGUCGUACCACCUCCCAAGGAUAGAGGGAAAUACGAUCAAGUCAGGGCUAGAGUUGUCCUACAGCAGACCAAGAGUAAACUGUACACAGACGCCAAGAGAGCUCCUUCAGUCAACGGAGGAGAUUCUCCGGAGACCAACACUUACCCUUCCUCACCCCGGGUACCCCCGUCCCCCACCCACCCUUUAGCCUCCACCACGCCUCUCUCCACUCCCACCUCGCCUCUCCCCAGUUCGCUGGUGGAGUCGUCCAAUAGGGCUAACAUACUAUGUUAUCGUAAUGACAGCAUCCUGUCCACCCUGCCAGAGCCGCCAGAGAAGUUAUCCCUGUACCGCAGAGAGAGAGAAAGGGAGCAUGACUUCCUCCCCCGCAGCUUUUCUGACUUAGACAGCGAUACCGUGGAAAUGGAGUUUGAGGAUGAGGUGCAGCAUAGCACUCCUUCUGUCCACUCGUCUUCAUCCUCUCAUCAGUCAGAGGGGCUGGACUCUUACGACUUGGAGCAGGUCAACAACAUCUUCAGAAAAUUCUCUCUAGAGAGGCCAUUUCGUCCGUCUCUGUCAUCGUUCUCCAGGCUCAGCUCCUCUCUUAAGCCAGUGCAGGAAGUAUCGCUGCCGGGAGACAACCUACUGAAGGACCUGACUCUAGUCGGAGGAAACUACAGUGGCAUCUUCCUCUCAUCCGUCCAGUCUGGCUCCAGUGCAGAAAAAGCAGGUCUACGAGAGGGACACCAUCUUCUAUUUCUUGAGGGGUGCAUACGAGGGGAGAACCAAAGCAUUUCAUUGGAGACAAGCACCCAGGAAGAAGCCCACUGGACGCUGCAGCACUGCUCUGGACCAGUCCAUCUGCACUUCCGAGCUAAUUAUGAUGCCUACCGUCGUCUCCAAAGGGAUCUUGCGGAGCGUGUGGUGGUAUCAGGCGACUCCUUCCACAUCCGCGUUAACCUCAACAUCACUGGCCAAUCAGACUGCUGCUCUUUGAGUUUGUUCUGUGAUGAGGUGGUACAUGUCCUGGACACCAGACACCAGAGCCGCUGUGAGUGGCUGUGUGCACGCGUUGACCGGUUCACCGGCUCUGACCUGAUGGACCGGGGCACCAUACCCAGCAAUUCACGGGCCCAGCAGUUGCUCCUGGUGAAGAUUCAGAAAUUAGUCUAUCGAGGAGGAAGAGAAGAAGGUGAAAACCAUCGUAACGUCAAAUACUCCUUACAACCAGAGGAGGCCAGCCACUCUCCUGAUCCAAGGGCUGGUCCACGCUUAUCUAGAGCCAGCAUCUUCAUCACUCAGAUACUGCAGUUUGUCAGCAGGGUGGAUAACAAGUACAAACGCAUGAACAGCAGUGAGCGCGUGCGUCUCGUCACCUCGGGGAACUCAUCCCUGCCCAGGCAAGGCUUUGAAUCCCUCAGAUCAGAAGACGCUGCCGACCAGGACAGCGAGCUGAGUGGGAGUUUGAACCUGAUCCCCUACAGUCUAGUCACCCCCCAGCGGACCCAGAGGAAAAGGCCUGUCCUGUUCACACCCUCGGCCCUCGCCAAAAUCAUCAUCCGAAAGAUACUAAACAUGGGGGCAGCCAUGGACUUCAAUAUCUGCAAACCAGACGUUCUGACCAAGGAGGAGUUCCAUCUAAAACAGAACGUGGAGCCCUUCAUUCACUACAACGAAAUAGUGAAUGCAUUUGAAUGCAUCACUCGAGAAAACAUAGAAGCUGUUGCUGCCAAGGGUAAACAUUGCCUGCUGGAGGCUGAGUUGAGCUGCGUCAAAGACCUUUUGAGGAGAGAAAUCUACCCUAUAAUCAUCAACAUUAAGAUCUGUGACAAGAACGUCAAGAAGUUACGGAAAUUGCCUAUGCGUUUGGAGUCAGAGGAGGAGUUUGUGAGGUUAUGCCGGUUAAAGGAGAAGGAGCUGGAGGCAGUUCCCUGCCUCUAUGCCAGCGUGGAGCCCGAGGCCUGGGCGGGAACAGAUGACCUGCUGAGGGUGGUGAAAGAGAAAAUACUGGAGGAGCAGAGGAAGACUGUGUGGGUGGAGCAGGACAUGCUGUAGAAGAACACAAGAACACACACACACACACGGGUAUACACAGUCACACAUAAAUGCAACAGUUCCACCUACAUCAAUGUACAGUACAGGCACGCACACGCACACGCACACACACACUCACACACACACACAGGUAUACACACUCACACAUAAAUGCAACAGUUCCACCUAUAUCAAUGUACAGUACAGGCACACACACACUCACACAUAAAUGCAACAGUUCCACCUACAUCAGUGUACAGUACAGGCACACACACACACUCACACUUGCAACUUACACAGAAAGUGCCGGUAAAAAUACCAUCUUCAAUAUCAUGUAUUUCUUCCCACGCCAUGUUUUUUUCAGAUUCAAACACCUACGUCUGUAGAGACUCAAACGGCUACAUUCUUUGUAAAAGUGUGACUUUUUUAUCUAGCAAAAUAAACUGGUU